ACUGUAGAGAAGAAGAGCACAAGUCGCCUCAACACAUGGUCCACAGUUAAUAAUGGAGUCCAAACCAAGAAAGAAAUCAUUUAACCCGAAGGAUGGAAAGAAACCUGGAUUUAAAGGAAAAGGAAAACCUGAAGGAAGACCACCAGGUAAACGGCCCUUUAAACCUCACAACUUGGACAACAAGGAGACUUUUAAAAAAACAGGAGGCAAAUUUGAGGGUAAACCAGGUAAACGGCCCUUUAAACCUCAGAAUUCAGAUAAACUAAAGACUGGUGGAAGAGGAGGAGCACAGAAAUUUUUGAAGCAAAAACCAACAGAUGGAAAGUUCACAAAGAAGAGAAAACUUUCUGAAAGUGAAUUAAACUCGGAGGAGGGUUCUGAAGAAAAGAAACCUAAAUGGAAUGAGUUCAAACAGAAGAAGAAAGAAUUAAAACAGAAUCGACAGCAGAGUGAUAAAAAGGAGUCGUACCACAUUGUGAGCAGAGCCAAACAAGUGUGGGAACUCGUCAGAAGAAAAGACUGUGACAAGCAAAAACGAAUAAAGUUGAUGAAAGAACUGCAGGAGCUUGUACGAGGCAAAGUGAAGACUAUUGCAUUUGCUCAUGACUCGACACGAGUGCUUCAGUGCUUUAUCCAGUUUGGAAGUGAUAAGCAAAGACAAGCGGUAUUUGAUGAACUGAAAGAGCACAUGGUGGAGCUGAGUAAAUCUAAAUAUGCUAGAAACAUUGUGAAGAAAUUCCUAAUGUAUGGCUAUCUGUGCUCCGUCAGGAACAAGGAACAAGUAGCAGAGGUGAUGAUGUCAUUUAAAGCGAACGUCCGGAAAAUGCUGAGACAUUCUGAGGCUUCGUCAGUGGUUGAGUACGCGUAUAAUGACAAGGCCAUCCUUUCCCAGAGACUCAUGCUCACAGAGGAACUGUAUGGCAACACGUUUCAAGUCUGCAAGUCUGCAGUGUGUCCCACAUUAGAGAAAGUUCUGGAGAGUCAUCCAGAAAAACUUGAGAGCAUUAUGGAAGAAAUGAAACAGAUCCUUACUCCUAUGGCCCAGAAAGAAGCUGUAAUUAAACAUUCACUUGUUCACAAAGUUUUCCUCGACUUCUUCCUUCACGCACCUGCUAAACAGAGAACAGAAAUGAUCGAGUCCAUCAGGGAGUCGGUGGUUUACAUGUCGCACACACAUGAUGGAGCGCGUGUAGCUAUGCACUGUCUGUGGCACGGCACUGCCAAGGAUAGGAAAGUUAUCGUGAAAACCAUGAAGACAUACAUGGCCAAGUUUGCAACAGGGGAGUAUGGACACCUUGUAUUACUUGCUGCCUUCGAUUGUAUUGAUGACACCAAACUCAUAAAGCAAGCUAUAUUAUCAGAGCUGUUGAGUUCGUUGGCAGAGGUGAUCGGUAAUAAAUAUGGUAAGAAGGUGAUGCUGUAUCUGCUUAGCCCUCGAGACCCAGCUCACUUGUUACCUGAGAUUGUUCAGCUGCUUGAGAAGGGUGAUGGAAAUGCACACAGUAAAAAGGAUGUGGCAGUACGGAGAAAGGAGCUGUUGGAGGCCGUGUCUCAUCCUCUGCUACAGUACCUGUGUGAAAACACCCCCUCCAUGGUGAUGGAUAAAGCCAGCAGUGUAGUAGUCAGCAACAUUCUUGGAGCUGCAGUCGGUGACCUCCGCCCUGCCAUGGAGGCUGUGGCCAGACUGGCAGCUGAAGACUUUGUGGCUGGUGGUGUGGAUGGACAGCUGCACAUAGCGGAGCAUCCUGCAGGCCAUCUGGUACUGAAAUGGCUGAUUGAACAGGACGCUAAGAUGCAGGCAGCCGAGCGAGAAGAACGUUUCUCACGGGUUCUGCUGGAGACGGUGGAUGUAGAGAAGCUCAAGACUUGGGCAUCAACCAACCGUGGAGCCAUUGUGCUGUGCUGUCUCCUUCAGUGUGCAGACACAGGUGUUGCAGAGGAAGUUAAAGCUGCUUUACAGUCCAUUCGUGGUGACUUAAAGAAAAUCAAAAACUUUAAAGGAGUAGAGGCUCUGCUGGAAAAACUGGCAUGAGGAAUCUGGUGCUAAUAAUGUUUUGCUAGUGCUGGACUCACAACAGAGUCACUUUUCUUGGUGCAGUUUUGUAAUCAUUUACACUGCCAGUGGGGGUUCUUGUCCGAAUAUCCUUUUCACUUCCCUAAGUGACCAGGCUUAAUAAGGCCUUGUUUGUACACAAGAGGACUCAAUUUCAGUAGUGUAACAUGCUUUGUAAUUCUUUCUUUUUUUUUAUUUGAACAAUUUAUGGAUUUGUAUGUAUUUAAAAAAUGCAUAAUUCUCUCACUUAUUUUUUCUUAAAAGUAAAAAAAUCUUAAAAAAUAUGUACUUACUACUAUCCUAAUGGGUAGAGCUGUGGGUUACUAAUAAGUUGUUGAUUUGAGUCCUGUUUCUGCCAUGCAGCCACUGUUGGGCUUUUGAGCAAGGCCAUAAACCCUCUUAGCUCCCAGGGUGCUGUACAGUGGCUGCCCCUGCAUUCUGACCCCAGUUUCCAAAGAAGAUUGGAUAUGCAGAAAUAGAAUUUUAUUGUACUGCACAUGAGUGUAUGUAUACAUGAUAAAUAAAUUAAUUCCAUCUG